AUGCUUGCCAAGUCCUCCUCCACCGCCGCUCACCCGAGUAGUACGGAUCAGACAACCAUUCACACAAUUGCCCCGACUGUGAACGAGCAGGUGAAUCGACGAGGAUCCACGGAGGAAUAUGAGAUCGAACGAAAAGAUUCCGUGGUGCCAAACGAGCUCGGGAAAACUGAGGAACACAUUGGCGAAUCACAUGAACUUGUUGAUCCGAUGGUCAAUGGACAGAAAAUCCGCACUCGAAGAAAUCGGCAUCACAUGAGUCGGAAUCAGAGUGAACGGGUAGUGGGAAAAUGGUGUGAAAACCAUGCCGAAACCGAUAUGUCGUCGGUGAAAUGUUUUACUUCAGCGUAUGCAGACGAUCGCGACAGUGAGGAACGAGCAAAGAGAAACCACAUGGCCUUACAGACAGAACACAUGGUUCUGUCAUUCACGUCCGAUCUGAAAGCGUCUGGUGUUAUAGAUUCGCAAACUUUAUCCGAAUUCUGUGAUGAUCACGAUAAUGGUGACCGUGCCAAUGAGCAUCACCAGCUAUUGAAGGGUGAGUGCAAUGCUGAACUGAUAUUAAGUGUUACACGAAAGUGUAUUGAAUAA